UACUGCCGCUCACCUAUCGUGGUGAAGGGACCAUGAGGAGUGGGGUUUGUGUGGUGGGAUAAUCGUGCACAUUUUCUCUUCACCUGUCAGCGGAGGUCUGACCAGAAACUGAAGCUAAUUGUUCGCAGUGUCGGUUCCGGAGCCAUGGAUCCGCUGCUGUAUUUAGCCGGUGUGGUUGUUCUGUUUCUGCUGUGGAUCAGAGUCAAAGGUCUCGAUUACGUGAUCAUUCAUCAGAGGUGGAUAUUUGUGUGCCUGUUCCUACUGCCUCUGUCUGUCAUAUUUGAUGUGUAUUAUUAUGUGAGGGCAUGGCUGAUUUUUAAGAUGUGCUCUGCGCCAAAACUACACGACCAGCGCGUGCGAGACAUCCAGCGACAGGUGCGUGAGUGGAGGAAGGAAGGUGGUAAGAACUACAUGUGUACGGGUCGACCCGGGUGGCUCACUGUGUCUCUCCGAGUAGGGAAAUACAAGAAGACCCACAAGAACAUCAUGAUCAAUAUGAUGGACAUUCUUGAGGUGGACACAAAGAGGCAGGUGGUCCGAGUGGAGCCUUUGGCAAACAUGGGUCAGCUGACGGCUCUCCUCAACUCUAUUGGCUGGACACUGCCGGUGCUGCCUGAACUGGAUGACCUCACUGUGGGUGGUUUGGUGAUGGGUACAGGCAUCGAGUCAUCUUCUCAUAUUUAUGGGCUGUUUCAACACAUCUGUGUCGCAUAUGAACUGGUUCUAGCUGAUGGAAGCUUAGUCCGUUGUACUGAGGAGGACAAUUCAGAUCUGUUUCACGCUGUCCCAUGGUCCUGUGGAACUCUGGGCUUCCUGGUUGCAGCUGAGAUUAAAAUAGUCCCCGCUAAGCAGUGGGUGAAGCUGCGCUACGAGCCAGUCAGAGGUCUGGAGAACAUCUGUAAACGCUUCACGGAGGCAUCACAAAACAAGCAGAACACAUUUGUAGAGGGUAUUCAGUAUACUCUGGACAGUGCAGUCAUUAUGACAGGAACUAUGAUGGACCACGCAGAGCCUGAUAAGAUCAACAGAAUCGGCCUGCACUUUAAACCCUGGUUCUUUAAACAUGUGGAGGGCUACCUGAACGGUGACUGCACAGGAGUGGAGUACAUCCCUCUCAGACAGUACUACCACAGACACACUCGCAGCAUCUUCUGGGAGCUUCAGGACAUCAUUCCGUUUGGAAACAACCCAGUGUUUCGCUGGCUUUUUGGAUGGAUGGUUCCUCCAAAGAUCUCUCUAUUGAAGCUCACCCAGGGAGAAACCAUCAGACGGCUUUAUGAACAACACCACGUGGUCCAGGACAUGCUCAUACCCAUGAAGCAUCUGCAGGCCGCCAUCACAUGCUUCCACCAGGACAUCGAUGUUUAUCCUUUGUGGCUGUGUCCGUUCCUGUUACCACCCAGCAGAGGGAUGGUUCACCCCAAAGGUCAAGAGGAGGAGUUGUACGUGGAUAUUGGGGCUUACGGGGAGCCCAAAGUCAAACACUUUGAGGCUAAAGCAUCAACACGUCAGCUGGAGAAGUUUGUCAGAGAUGUGCACGGGUUCCAGAUGCUCUAUGCUGAUGUGUACAUGGACCGAGAGGAAUUCUGGGAGAUGUUUGAUGGACAGCUGUAUCACCGUCUGAGAGAGGAACUAGGAUGUAAGGAGGCCUUCCCGGAGGUUUAUGACAAAAUCUGUAAAUCUGCUCGACACUGAACGCCACGUCCUGCCUUUUACCUCAGCUCAGAUCUGUGCCACACAUACACUGAAGCAAUUUAACCUUUGACCCCAGCUCAUAUUGGGUGACUCUGGGAUACAUCACAUACUUCAUGCAACUUUUAAUACAAAGAUUUAUCAUCAGCAUGUCCUAAAGCUAAAAUAUAAUCAAGACUGUGUUUCCAGAGCCCACUGUACCAAUAGAAAACAGAAGAACAGGAGCAGAAGUAUUGUGUUUUCAUGAAUGUAUUCACUUUGAACUUGUUCCACAUUCACUUUAAUUUAACACUCUUGGUCUGUUUUCCUGUGCUACUUGUCUCUAAGACCUCUUGAGUCAGUGAUUGCUGUGCAUAUUGUUCUAAAAGCUGUCUUUGAUGUCUUUUUUGUGAACAUAUGGGAAUAUUUCCAAGCUAAAGCACUUAUGUACUGUUUGUUGUGUUCCUUUCUGUGUAUUUCUAUGUACACCUCCUAGUAAUGGUCAGCCUUACAUAUGUAUAUUUUCUCAAGUGCAUAUACUCUUAAAAACAACCUCCUAUUUUACAUUCUGAAAAUAUUUUUAAGAAUAAAAUUUUGCCAACAUUUUUACAAUUCUGAAAGCUAUCCAGUAAGAUAUAAGCAUCUAUUUUGAUAAAGGGAAAUCACUGUUGCUAUCAAUAAAUGAAUCUUAUAUCUAUUCAUGGUCUUAACAUUCUUUUGAAUACAGAUAAAAUAAAUUAUUUCUUUGACUAUUCAUUUAGACGUAUGAUAGUGGAUAAUUACCCUCUCAAAAAAAUAUACAAUUGUUCAUUUAAUUUUAUUACUUUAAACACAUCAUCUGCAUCAUUGUCACUGAGAAAAAGAAGAAUGUAAAUGUGUUGUAAAAUUUGACCUAUCAAACACAAAGUAUGAUUUCUUUUCCAAAUGGACACCUUUGUCAAACUUCAGUUGACUCACAGAACCUUUUUAACUGGAUCACCAGCUGAUAAUAAAAUGCAUUGAAAUUA